AUCGGCUAGUGAGCACCCAGACAUCGAAAAGUUGCACAAAUACACCAGCAGAUGCGGGUAUAUACGUAUACAUAUAUAUCUAGCCAAAGCCAAAGUAGAAGAUAUAUAUGCGUAUAAGCUGAACGCGGCGCACUCUGCUCUGUUUUUUCUUUUAUAAUUACUUUUGUCUAAAAUUAGAAGACGUGUGUGUUGUGUGUGCCCCGUCCGUGUAUCCGUAUCCGUGAGAUACGUUUGAGUGUCCGCGUCUGCUAUAUCGCACAUCAUCAUCACCAAACACCAUCCACCAUCCACCAUCAUCAUCAUCAUCAUCGUCAUCAGAGAUCAGAGAUCUGCGGCGGUGUGUGUGCCAGAAAAGACUCGUGAAUCAGACUACGGCUGCGACUACGGCUAUACUAUAUAGACGAGACGAGACGAGAGAUCGCGUAUACGGCCAGACAAACAUUAUCGUAUAUCUGGCGCCGAGGAUUACAAUUACAAGAGCAGCAACACGUAUACGCACACGACCCAUCGGCAGCCGAAGCUAGAGCCGAGUCCGAAAAUCCGAAUAUCCGAGCCCAAAUCCGAAUACGCAUACGAAUACGAAUCGAGACGAGACGAUCGCGCGCGUGAAAAACCUCGUGAAGAAAAGCGCUACGAAAAAAGUGGGGAAAAAUCAAACGCCACGCGACCUUAGGCCCGUCCAAUUGGGGGGGCGUGCAGCGGGGCGUGGCCGUGCGUCGACUCCUGGCGAUCGCUCAAGUGAAACGCGGCGAAAUUCUGGGCAGAUAACAAAAAUGAGUCACCACAAGCAGCAGCAGCAGCAACAACAGCAACAGCAGCAACAUCAAAAGCAACAGCAACUAGCGAGUGCGGCCAAGUGUUCAUAAAUUAAUGCUAGGAAUACAGUGUGUUAGACCAGUCCGAAAGACACUAUCCCCCUCUCUAUCCCCCUCGAACAGUCCGUCUCUCUCUUGCCCCUGCUGUCGCUCAAAAUGCUACGAAACUAUCGAAAGUAUUUGCAGGAUAAACGGAAAUACGACAAGCCACAACGACGAGGCAGCGACGGUCACAUUUGUCACGACUAGGCAAAUCGCAAGGACCCAGGACACACCAGCCCCCCAACAGCAGCAGCCGCAGCAGCAGCAACACGCAGCAACCAGCAGUAGCAGCAGCAGCAGCAGCAGCAGCAAUACGCAGCAGCAACACUCGCUAUCGAGAUUUUGUACAUAAAGUCGGGGCAAUAGCAGCAACAACUUUGGAGGACGCCAUGUAUGCGCAACAUUUGCGCAAAUGGAGUCUAAAAACAAAAAAGCAACUAAUGCCAUUGAUAUUGCUAAUUAUCAGCUACAUGUUGCUACUAAACACAUGUGUGUCGUCGACGACGACGACGACGCAGCAGCAGCAGCAUCAGCAGCAGCGGCAACAACAACUGCAGCCAAGAUUAUGGGAAGGCAGUGCCGAAGAAAGCAGCUACUAUAUACCACUGAGUUCGGAUAAUGGCAGCGGGAGCAGUGAAAGCGCCGAAAGCAGUAGCAGCAACAUCGACAACAAUAUCUUAAGUAGGCUGCUCAGCCGCACCAGCAAUAGUCUUAGUAGCCGUAGCAAUGUUAAGUUAAAGCCAGCAACAGUAUUCGACGCCGGCAGCAGUUCAGCCGUUCAGCAGGAGCAACAUGUUGCUGCCGUGCCAGAGCAGCAACAGCAAGAGCAGCAGUCAAUGCAAAAAGUUCCAAAUACGUUAAUCAAUAGUCAAAUAAAUAAUUUAUUAUACAAUGGCAUGCCCAUCGAGGCGGCGAGCAGUAAAAUGCGUCGUCACAUUCAACCAACGCAGCUGCAACAUCAGCCAGAGAGUUUAGCACAGCCGCCGAGCAAUUACAGCACGCGGUCGGUGCAGAGCUAUCUCAUAGAGUCCUUCGAGGUGCCAGAAAGCAAGUUGGAGGAUCGCAGCUUGGAGCAGACGGCGCGAAGUCGCCGGGACGGCAGCAACACCAACGGCAGCCGGCAGCAACAUCCACACGGCCACCGGAAGCAGUUGCAGCAGGACAAGCGCGACCAUCGCCGCCAGCGGCAGCAUCAGCAGAAGGAGCAGCGCCAACAUCAACAUCAGCACCAGGGCAAUCACCACCACCAGCAGCAGCAGCAUCAGCAGAACAAGCAGCGCAGGAAGCACCAGCGGAAACAUCGGGGUCACCAGCGAUCGGACCGCUACUGCUCCGCCCGGGAUCCCGCCCAGUUGGCCUUUGCGGCGCCCACCGUUUUCCAGGGCGUCUUCAAAUCGAUGUCCGCCGACCGGCGGGUCAACUUCUCGGCCACCAUGAAGGUGGAGAAGGUGUACAAGCAGCAACAUGACCUGCAACUGCCCACGUUGGUGCGACUCCAAUUCGCGUUGAGCAACAGCAGCGGCGAGUGCGACAUCUACAGGGAGCGCCUGUUGCCGCGGGGACUGCUCCGAUCCGGAAACGAUCUGCAGCAGGCAUCGGAUAUAUCCUACAUGAUGUUUGUGCAGCAGACCAAUCCCGGCAACUUCACCAUCCUCGGCCAGCCCAUUAGGGUCACGCACUCGGUGGUGGAAUCGGUCAAAAUGGCUGUGAGCGAAAAUUAUGCACAGAACGCAUCGAUCACGUCGAUCACCUCGGUGCCGAACAAUACCACCAUCGAGCACGGCCGGGAGCUGAAGAUCGUCUGCAAGGUGACGGGCCAGCCGCCCCCGAAGGUCACCUGGUUCAAGGACGACAAGUCCAUCAAUCGCAAGCGCAACGUUUACCAAUUCAAGCAUCACAAAAGACGUUCCGAGCUGAUCGUGCGCUCCUUCAAUAGUUCCUCCGAUGCCGGCAAGUACGAGUGCCGGGCCAAGAAUAAAGCCAGCAAGGCGAUCUUCAAGCGCCGCAUCAUGAUCAAGGCCUCAGCAGUUCUCUUUCCGUUGGACCAGUCGCGCAGCUCGGGCACCCCCUGUCACUUCGCAUUCUGCCUCCAUGGCGGCACUUGUAUGAUGAUAGCGGAUCUGAACGCGAUCUUCUGCAUUUGCCCAUCCGAUUACUUCGGCGAACGUUGCGAGAACAAUAGCCCCGACAGUAGGUACAGCAAUAGUAAUCCCGAAUCAUGCGUAAAUUAUCAUGGAGGUUAUUACUGCUAAAAUAGGCACUUCUAUAGCAUCGAUUGUUUAACGUCGAGUCAAACGCGAGUUAUGCACAAAACCGAAACCGAAUCAAAUUAAGCAAACCGAACUCAGUGCCCAUACCAAAAUAAUGAAUAACAUAACAUAAAAUAAUAUAAAAGAACUAAACAGAUCUACAAAGUACUACAAACUACAAACUAAAAUAGAGAAAAGCAAAACCAGCGAAAUUCCCAUUGCACAUUUCACAGCUAUCCUUCCGCAUAGAAGCUUUCUGAAAGGAAAGCUGAGAGAGAAAGUGAAAUAAACCAAAUAUAGUUGAUAAAGCGACACCUCCAUACCCAAUCACACAGACAGAGAGUACAAAUACAGUAUGCAGAAUCGGACCCAAAACGUAACUCCAGACACCUAUUCACACUCCACAACACACCACACCACCCCCUGCAAUCAGUCACUUUGAAAACGACGAACUAAAAGUUUUAUUAGAGAACACAUUCCAAAAAGAAACAACGUAAAGUCUUAAAAACGAAAACAAAGAGUAAACAAAAUAAAUAACUAACCAAGUUGUUCAUAAU